AUUAUAUUCUAGAUAUUUUAGGUUCUAUAUAAGUUAUGUUGAACUUCAUUAAGAGAUAUUGGCGUUUAUGCAUAAUUGACAAAGAUCGUUUUUAUAUGUGAAACUACACGCUACUUCGGAAAAAUGUCAACAAAAAUUCCAGAGUAAAGUGGAACUAAGCAUCAAUCAAUUGCAGGUUGGCUAAAAUUAACUGAGCUGGUUGGCAAAUUGUUUGGUUUAAACAAUCUAAAAAGAGUGGUUCUUCUCCGUCUCACUGAUGGUGCGUUUGCAUUAUACCAAUAAUUAGCGGAAAUAUACCAUGGAAAAUUUUGAGAGAAUAAAGAAGACUAAACAGGUUUAUUAAAGCAGUCAUGCCAAACACAGAUAUACACAUCUGUAUCAGCACACGCAUUUUUAUCAGCACACGCAUCUCGGAAAGAAUGUUUUAAUAACUGAUUUAUUUUCAGCUCACUUGCAACUUGAUGAGAAACUUUGGGCUUACCAAACUGUUGUGUUCCGUGGAGAAAGAAACUACUUCCAUGUAUUCGAGUGAAAAUGGAUAUAAUAUUUCUUCAAAGUCAACCAUUCAAGUUAAAAUUUAGCAGUAGUGUUGGUGUCAGCUGGAAAACUCUUGGAAAAUAUUUGUCGAUUAAAGAUAGUUACUUAGAUAUAAUAGAGCAAAGCUUUAUUGGUAUUGAAAAUCAAGCUUAUCAAAUGUUAACGAAAUGGAUAGAAAUAAAUGAAAAUCCAACUAUGGAUGAUCUAACAACAGCAUUAAAAAAUAUGGAGAGGGUUGACUUAAUAAGAGUAUUAGAUGAAAUAAAAAAUUCUUUAACUUCUGGUAAAUUGAUUGCUAGAAGUAUUUCAUUAGAAAGAGAUGUAUCGGAGGUGUGUUUAGCAUUGAAAAACUUUUAUCUUAAAACUUUUGAUAAAAUUGAUGAGCUUCGACCACCAUCAAAAAUACCUUGUAAAGUAAACAUAUUAAAUAAAUUUGUAGAGCUAUGUGUUGUUGAUGCAAUUGAUGUUCAAAAAGAUGUUGGGUACGGUGUUGAACUAAAACGAUUUUUAGAGAAACAAAUGAGUUAUACGCCAAUACCAUAUAAACAAUUUGUUAAAGAAGAAUCUUCUAUAUUAAUUUCUGGCAUUGCUGGAAUUGGUAAAACAUGGUUGCUUAGAAAAUGUUUGCUCGAUUGGUCAAGUGGUUUAAUAUGGAAAAAUGUAUAUUUUUUGUUUUAUUUAGAAUGCAGGCAGUUAAACCAGUACCAAAACAUUUCCAACAUAAAUGAAUUACUUAAUGUUUUGUACAAAGAUAUAUUAAAGGAAUUUGAUAUAUAUAGCCAUUCUAUUAUGUUUAUCAUUGAUGGCUUAGAUGAAUUUAAAUAUUUAAAUGAAUUAAUUACAGACAAAUGUGAAUACCCAAUUUUGAAUGUUUUUGCAGAACUUAAAAAAUAUAGAUCUUUAAUUUCUGGUAGAGUUAGUGCAAUAGACCAGUACCAAAAUAUGUUUAUACAGUGUAAUAACUAUUUAACAAUUCAAGUAAUGGGUUUUAAUGAAAAUGGAAUAAAUGAUUUUAUCGAAAAUAAUGUCACUAAAGAAACAAAAGACAUUUUAACACAAGUUUUUAUAAAAUUUUCUAUUGCAAAAUCUAUGGCAACCGUUCCAUUUUAUUUAUCUUUAAUGUGUAAAAUUAUUUCUGAAUCAAAACAAAAAGAUGAAUAUUCAUUCUUAAACAUGACAGAGUUGUAUGCAAGUAUUUUUUUGCAUUUUUUGCAAAAGCAUAUUAGUAAAAAAACAGAAACUAUUUUUAAGAUGAUGGAAAGUGAUAUUAAUAAAAAAUUUGUUUUCAACAUUUGCAAAAUAGCGUAUUGUUUGUUCAAUGAAAACAAAGUAAUUUUUUCGAGAGAAGAAAUUCAAAAUAUUAUUAGUGAUUUUAAUAAAGUUGAAGGUGAAUUUGAUGGCUUCAUAGAAAAAAUUGAAACAAACCUUGGCUUUCAUUAUCAGUUUGUUCACUUAACAAUAAUGGAGUUUUGUACCUCUGUAUAUGCAUACAAUAAUUUUAGUGGUAAAGAGAUUAUGGCCAACAAAAGACUUAGAAGCUGUUUACCAAUGAUUUUUGGGCUAACUAACGAAAAUCCAAAUUUUUUAUUGAAAUUUUUAACAAAUCUAAAUUCUUUUAACACAAAUAAAAUAUCCUUAAAUAAUAUUUGUGAAUUGUUUCCAAAAGAAAAAGUAGGCUAUUUUGAUUUUGAAACUCAAAAAGUAUUUAUGGAAUGUUUUUAUGAAUCUCAAGCAAUCAUCAAAGAAGACGUAAAAACAUCAAUAAUUGAUAUAAUAGAUAAGCAUGAGUGGAGUAUUUGUUUGGAUAAUGGAAAAACUUUUUAUGAAGUAUCAUGUCAAAUCUAUUUUAUAAAACAAUUUAUAAAUGCAAAGAGUUUGGGGAAACAGUUGGAGUGUUUAAUAGUUUAUAAAGACGUUUUUUCUGAGGAUGAAAAAAAUCUUAUCAUUGAAUGUGCCACAAACGUUCGCUAUGUUUUUUUUUCUCAUCCAAUUAAAAUUGAUGGCUGGGAACCAAAAAAAAAGAUUAUAGGAUUGUGGAUUGACACCCGAAAUUGCUUGAUAUUAAAAAAAGAUUAUGAAAGUUUUCUUCCAUGGUUUCGUGUUUGCAAAGAACUUAAUCUUUACCUUCACGACGAAACGGAUUUUACGGAAGAUAUUUAUAAAUGGAUUCGGUUUUUAUAUAUCAAAAAGUUGUGGAUCAAGUACCGUGGGAAAAUGUUUCAUACACACGUUCAAUGGAAACACUAUUUAAAUAACUUAAAAUCUACUUAAAUCUCAUUAAAAUAUUCAUAGCAAAAAAGUUGAAAGCUUAAUUAAAAUGUAAAAUGUUGUUUUCAAAAAGAUGACAAGCCGACUGUGAAAAAUUACGGACGUAUAGAAACAAUUGUUUCUAAAGUUAUUUUGUGUGUAUUUUAAUCAAUCAUUACAAAAUUUAAUAUA